AUGAUUGAUGUUCUCCGCUUUGCUUGCAUUGGAUAUGACAUAUCAUGUGGCGAGCUCCUACACCUGCUCACAUUGACUAGUAUUGCCGCAAAACCAUCGAUGAGUGGAAAACAAGGGAGCAAGGAUCAGAACCUAGGAUGUGGUCAAAGACAGCAUCACAGGCCGCAUCACAGGCCGACGACUGCAAGCAGCAGAGACGUGACAUCUCCUUCAAAUACCAAGAGAGCCGGCAAAAACAGACGUUCCAGAGAUAUACUCCGUGCCCAACUCACGAAGCGGACGAGUGAUUCAUCCAAAGUCACCCCUGUCCGUGCUAGUGAGGACGUAAUAAAGGAAGAUGAAACACGCAGGGCCAAGUCUCGAUCCACUACGUGUUCCGAGCGGACGACGCACUCCGGGGAUGAGAAUGCGGGCUCGGUCAAAAUGCCACACGUCGUGGUAGAGAUAGAGAUUAAGAAAGCACAUAAUACUGACAUGGAGACGUCACUGAAAAAGCGGAUCGGUUCAAUAAGUCGUAUUCUCAACAAAGGAAAUCACUUGAGGCAGUCAUUCAUGGCAGCAUCCACACACGACAAGCAGCCUACUGCUAUCUCCACGAUCAUGUUCGACACAUACAAUAGUUUUGUUCGUCCCUGGGCGAAUGUAUGCUUCGGGAUAAAUCCAUCGACGGCUCCAUGUCAAUUGCUGUUUGACACAGAAUCCCCUGUGACAUGGAUAAGCGAAAACAUUUAUAAAGUAAUAUGCAGUAAAAGUAAGACAAGCAAGGGUAAGGACCGCAAAAAGAAGAUCAUGAUGGACUAUCAAGAAGCAGAUGGCAUCCAAGGUCAUCUCUACAGGAGCGCAGUGUCCAUUGGAUCCAAAAAAGAAUUAAUCGAGAAACAGGAAUUUGUGCUUGUCAGUGAAAAUGAUUACAGAACCCAUUUUACGGGCAGCGAUUUACAUUUAGCAGGCAUCCUCGGCUUCGGGCGGACAGCAGGGACAAAAGGGUUGGUUGUUGGUAAUGAAGAUUAUCGAAUUGUGUCUGUCCUCGACAAUUUAGUGCAGAAAUUGGGCACAAAAUCCAAAAUAGCUGGCUUUAAUUUAAAAAUUCCAUCAGAGGCAUCCAGUCGUGCAUAUGUCCAAGGAGAGGUUCAUGUUGGUAAUUACGACAAGGACUUAUUCGAAGUGGGAGACCCGAUAUGGGCUCCCAUGAAUGAAUCGAGCGCAACACACAUUCUACCUCUAAAUAUGAAACUUGCCUAUGAGGGCGAAAAUAUCACUGAUUGCUACUACUCGACGCUAAUAGACAGUGGUUCACCACUUAUCAUCAUCCCACAGAAAUAUCUAGAAAAUUAUAUCAAGGCAGUGGAACAAACCCCAAACUGCAACAUAAGUGUCGAGUAUCAAAAUGAUUUGCGACUCUACUACUUAACCAAAGAGAGUUGCUCCUCCUUGAAAGACAUCGAGUUGAACUUCGAAGGCGGAAGAACGCGUACUCUUCCGAAAGAAGCACAAGUCAUUCCGUCCAGCGUACUCAGCCACUGGAUCCCAGCGGUAAAACCUGGACGCCUCUAUCUCAUCUUCAACAGUAUAAUAACCCCAUUCGAUGACCAUCCCAUAUUGUUGGGUCUGCUUUGGAUGAUCAGAUACUACAUCGUUUCGGACCUGGAGAGUAGGCAAGUCGGGAUUGCAGAGGUUGAAGGGAAAACAGAUUACGUCUGGAGAGAGCUCCGGUCGUAA